GUCAGCAACGCGUUGACGUCAUAUUCAAGCGCCACGGAGGGAGAUUCAAGUGUCUUCUCUCUCCAACUAACUCCAGUCAGGCCAGGUUAUGUGAGGUGUCUCUGUCUCUGAGAGAACGAUGAGUAGAGAGGGAUCCCGGAGCGGCCCGUGGAGUGGUGAGGCCGGAGGAGGAGGGCGAGGAGGAGGAGGGCGAGGAGGAGGAGGAUGGAGAGGUGGGACCGGAGGAGGGCGAGGAGGAGGAUGGAGAGGUGGGGCCGGAGGAGGGCGAGGAGGAGGAUGGGGAGGAAAGGGGGCCAGGAGAGGUGGAGAGGGAAGAGGACGAAGAGAGGUUGCUGGGUCUACCUUCAGCAGCCAGAGGAAGUUCUAUCAAACCACGUUAGACAGUUUGUGUCCUUAUAAGGGAUGGCCCCUCUACUUUACUGAAGGUUUCAUUGAGAGUUCACCGUCUGUGGAGAAGAUCAGAGUUUUUGAACAAUACUUCACCUCCAAGAUCGACCUUUACCACAAGGAUGACAUUGAGCGGCAGGGCAGUGUUCUGGUGGACUAUGCGGACCUCAUGGAGAACGUUCUUGUGAAUGACACGCUCCAUGAACUGGCUACAGAGCUGAAGGAAAAGCCAGAGGCCGUCCUUAACUGUUUAGGACUGGCCAUUCACCAGGUGUUGACCACCGACCUGGAGAAACAGGCUGCAGAACUGCAAGGGGAAGCGCUUAAUACGGCUGCAUCUAUUAUUAGCAUACCUCACAUAAACGCCAGGCUGUAUAACUUUGAGCCACUGACCCCCCUGCGCACACUGCGGGCCAGUGUGUUCGGCCGCCUGGUGUGUGUGAGAGGCACGGUGGUCAGAGUGAGCAACAUCAAGCCCAUGUGCACCAGGAUGGCCUUCCUGUGUCAGGGAUGCUCGCACACCCACUCUGUCCCGCUGCCCCACGGAAGCUUCACCACACCGGUCAAGUGUCCCCAGCCUGAGUGUCGGAGCCGUUCCUUUACUGCAGAUAGAAGGUCUCCUCUCACACACGCCGUGGACUGGCAGACCAUCAAAGUGCAGGAGCUGAUUUGUGGGGAGCAGAGGGAGGCUGGAAGAAUUCCACGCACAGUGGAGUGCCAGCUGACCUCUGACCUGUGCGACAGCUGUGUCCCCGGCGACACGGUGACAGUCACAGGGAUCGUUCGGGUGGCUAGUGAUGGCACUUCAAAGGGAAAGAAGGACCAGUGCAUGUUCCUGCUCUAUAUUGAAGCCAACUCAGUCAGCAACACCAAAGGUCAGCGCUCUGACCUGGGCGCUCAGGACUCUGGAGGGGAAGAGUUCAGUCUGAAGGAGCUGUACGCCAUCCAGGAGAUCCAGUCCCAGACGGACCUCCUGAGACUCCUAGUGCAAUCCCUGUGUCCUGCCAUCUACGGCCACCUGCUGGUGAAGGCGGGCCUGGCGCUGGCUCUGUUCGGAGGGCGUCAGAAGCGGACAGAGAGGAACUGCGUGCCUAUCCGAGGAGAUCCCCAUGUCCUGGUGGUUGGAGACCCCGGCCUGGGCAAGAGCCAGAUGCUCCAGGCCUUGUGCAAUGUGGCUCCCAGAGGAAUCUAUGUUUGUGGAAACAGCACCAGUACUUCAGGGCUGACAGUGAGUCUGUCUCGAGACCCGGGUUCAGGAGACUAUGCACUGGAGGCUGGAGCUUUAGUCCUGGCUGACCAAGGGCUGUGCUGUAUCGAUGAGUUUGAUAAGCUGGGCAGCCAGCAGCAGGCACUGUUGGAGGCGAUGGAGCAGCAGUCGGUGAGCCUGGCCAAGGCCGGCAUCGUGUCCAGUCUUCCCGCCAGGACCUCCGUCGUCGCCGCAGCCAACCCAAGCGGGGGGCACUACAACCGCUCCAAGACUGUGUCCGAAAACCUGAGAAUGGGCUCUGCUCUGCUCUCCCGCUUCGACAUCGUCUUCCUGUUGUUGGACGUCCCGGAAGAGUCACAUGACCGGCUACUGUCGGAGCACGUCAUGGCGACCCGGACAGGAAGGGGUGGGGUAGGCAGUGCCAUGGUCAGCAGAGCCAAUAACAGCCAAUUGGAGAGCUCCUUACUCCUGGAGGCCUCGGAGGCGCCUCUAUCGGAACGGCUGCAGGUGCCUGCAGGCGAAUCUGUGGACGUAAUCCCGGCCUGCUUGUUGAGGAAGUAUGUUAGCUACGCCCGGCAGUACGUCCACCCCACCCUUUCGCCUGAGGCGGCACAGACCCUGCAGGAGUUCUACCUGUCCCUCAGGGUGCAGGCGCAGUCGGCAGACUGCACGCCCAUCACCACCAGGCAGCUGGAGUCUCUGAUCAGGCUGACCGAGGCCAGGGCGAGGCUGGAACUCAGAGAGACGGCAGUAAAGACCGAUGCUGAAGAUGUAGUGGAGAUCAUGAAACACAGCCUAGCCGAUACCUACUCUGAUGGGCUGGGCGGCCUGGACUUCCAGCGCUCCCAACUGGGCUCGGGGAUGAGUCAGCGCAGCGCAGCCAAGCAGUUGGUCAACGCGCUGCACUCCCACGCUCAGAAGACCAAUCAGAAGCAGUUUGACAUGCAGCAGCUAAGGUCGCUGGCUGAAAGGCUGAACAUACAGGUGGUGGACUUUGAGGGCCUGAUCAGCUCUCUGAACGAGCAGGGCUUCUUGCUGAAGAAAGGAGCAAAGUUGUACCAGCUGCAGACCAUCUGAUCCCCCCCUAUCACACACCGCUGGAUUUGACCUCGACCCUCUCUCAUAAUCAGUUUCUACUGUGUUACUUUGACAAACAUCUACUGCUGGACGUGUGGCUCUUAUUGGAGGUGCGAUGGUGGUCAUCUCUGCCUAGACAUAGAUUUCAAACAUUUAUAUGAAGAGUUGAAUGGUUUUGAUGGCUUAUUAAAUGUUGCGUUACAGUGCGACACUUUUAUAGGUUUGUUAUUUAUUCAUUAUUUCUGAUUUCUUAUAGUAAUUGUAAGCCUUAUGAUCAGAAUACAAAUAAAAUGGAGUUUGUGUUUGAA